AGGAAGUGUCUCCAUCCCGCAGUCAACACUAAAUACGGCAGAGACCAGGACCAGAAAUGUCCGCAUCUGGAUCCCAUUCAGAGCUCAGGCUGGUGGUGCUGGGCCGGACCGGGGCUGGGAAGACCUCUGCGGUCCGCUCCAUCCUGGGCCUAGAAGACCUGCAGCAGGACACGGAGGACUGUUGGAAACUCAGAGGACAGGCUGCAGGCAGACAGGUGGUGGUCGUGUCCAGUCCAGACUGGUUUGGUUCAAGCUCCUCCUCAGACGACAGAAGGAGGCACAUCUCAUCCCUCAUCGCCUUCUCCAGUCCUGGACCUCACGCCUUCCUCCUGUGCGUCCCUGUGAACCAGCCUUCCGAUGGCGAGACCCAAGCGCUGGAUGUCCUCGACAAGUUGUUCGGCUCCACUGCGGUCAGCUGCAACACCAUCGUGCUCUUCACCCACAUGGCUGAGCUGGAGGAGGAUGAGGAGCUGGAGGAGUACCUUGUCAUGUGGCGAAAGGACCUGCGGGAGCUGGUGGAGAGGUGUGGAGACCGCUACCACACCCUUGAAACCCGCAGAGGAGAGGCAGAGAUGGAGGGGAAGGCUGUGGAGGAGCUGAUGGAGAAAGUGGAGCAGAUGGUGAAGGAGAGUGGCGUACAACACUUCAGCUGCCCGUUGUACCAGGAGGUCGAAGGUCGGCUGAGAGAGAAACAGCUAGAGUUGGUGAGGCAGAGGAGAGGAGAGGCCACGGACUUUGAACCAGAGGAAAACGUGACGGAUGAAGAUGUAGCACAAGUCCGAGACGAAGCCGAGAAGAGCAUCGGCGACUUAAACGUGGAUGUCGAUAGAAUUUUCCCCAGUGACAGCGUCUCGUCCCCCUCCCCUGCCCCCUCGUUUCUCUGGGGUUUGUGGGAGAAGCUGACAGCCUGGACCAAGUGGCUGCCCAGGUUUGUGAGAAGGGAGGCUCUGCUGGGAGCCCUGGUCGGCCUGUUUGUGGGGGGGCCCUUUGGAGGAAUGGUGGGGGCCACUGUGGGAUCUGUGGCUACUGAAGUGGGGAGAAGAAAAACACAGAAAACCAAAUAAAAACAGCACAACCAGGGAGUUAGAAAUAUAUAUUAGGUAUGGAGUUGCACCUUCAUGUCAUUUCACUGUGUUUGGCCUCUGGCUGAUCUGCUUCCACCUGCUGAAAAUAGUAUUUAAGAUCAACAACAGUAUUCACUUUCUGAAACACCCUCUACUAUCAAUAGCUUUAUUGAGUGUUAAUAAAUAAUGCUUUAGAGAUUGGUCAUAAAUCAUUAAUCAGAUCCACAUUAGUGUUGUCAGGUUUGGAAAGUCCCUUUGUUUUUCUAGUCAUGAUUUAAUCCCAUAUUGUCAACUGUCGCAAAUUUGCAUCAAACUGUUUCCAUUACAGAAUCAGAUGAAAUAGCGUAUGUAUUCCCCCAAUGUCAGUUUGGGUGUAUUUGAUACAUACCUGGUCAGGACACUGGAAAUAAUUUUGUGGCUUCAAUAAAACCAUCUCCUGAGAUGGGGAAAAUCUGUUUUAUUACCUUUUCAUUACUGUUGAUAUUGAAAUUUUGAUAAGAUGCAAAUUUGCAUCUAUUUUAUGUGCUGUAGUCAAAGUAACAAUCUCCACUUAAUUUAACAUCUGCUUGAAAGCAAGAACACAAAUCAUUUAUUUUUU